AUGCAGCGUAUGAGAGAAGGAAUUCACAUUCGGGCCAUGAAAGCCAAAAGGAAAGUAGAGGAGAUCUCCAAAGAGGACAUCCAGGCUUUCUUCAAGAAGAAUGCAUUUGUGCUCUUCACUGUUGGAGCAGUGGUCGUCGGGAUAAUCCUUGGGUUUGCUUUACGACCUUACAAGAUGACCUACAGGGAAGUGAAGUAUUUUUCUUUUCCUGGAGAACUGUUGAUGCGAAUGCUUCAGAUGCUUGUGCUUCCUCUGCUCGUUUCCAGUCUAAUCACAGGAAUGGCUGCUCUAGACAGCAAAGCUUCAGGCAAAAUGGGCAUGCGAGCAGUGAUUUACUACAUGACUACAACUAUCAUCGCUGUCUUUAUCGGGAUUCUGGUAGUCCUCAUUAUUCAUCCUGGGAAAGGAUCUAAGGAGGAGUUUGGAAAGCAGCGGACGAUAGAACAAGUUAGUCCAGUGGAUGCCUUCCUAGAUUUGAUCAGAAACAUGUUUCCACCAAAUUUAGUCCAGGCAUGCACACAACAGUUCAAAACUAAAUAUGGAAAGAGGACGUUUUACGUGUCAGUGACUGUGAAUGAUACAUUCUUCAACUCAACCAACGGUACCCAGGAGCUGAUGGAGGUCACCCACGAGGAGGUGAUCCCGGUGCCAGGUCAAGUCAAUGGUGUCAACGCCCUGGGGCUCGUGGUGUUCUCUAUGUGCUUUGGUUUAAUAAUUGGCAACAUGAAGGAGCAGGGUCAGCUCUUGAGGGACUUUUUUGACAGUCUCAAUGAAGCUAUCAUGCAGCUUGUUGCUAUAAUUAUGUGGUAUGCUCCUGUCGGGAUUCUCUUUCUUAUCGCAGGGAAGAUUGUUGAGAUGGAUGACUUGACGCAGAUGGGUGGACAGCUGGGGAUGUACACUAUCACAGUUAUUGUCGGCCUCACGAUCCAUGCUGUCAUCAUUCUCCCAACCCUUUAUUUUGUAAUCACAAGGCAGAACCCAUUUCUCUUUAUUGCUGGGCUUCUCCAGGCUCUGAUUACAGCUUUAGGGACUUCAUCCAGCUCAGCAACGCUGCCAGUCACCUUCAAAUGUCUGGAGGAAAACAACAGAAUCGACAAGCGAAUCACACGUUUUGUGCUUCCGGUCGGAGCAACCAUCAACAUGGAUGGAACAGCUCUGUAUGAGGCACUGGCGGCCAUCUUUAUCGCUCAGGUCAACAAUGUGGAAAUGAACUUUGGGCACAUCCUUACAAUUAGUAUCACAGCCACCGCAGCCAGUAUCGGUGCAGCAGGGAUCCCUCAGGCCGGCCUGGUCACCAUGGUGAUUGUUCUGACCUCAGUUGGACUACCGACUGAUGACAUCACCCUCAUCAUUGCAGUCGACUGGUUCCUGGACCGGCUCCGCACCACCACCAAUGUUCUGGGGGAUUCGAUUGGAGCGGGCAUCGUGGAGUUCUUGUCUCGACACGAACUCCGCAGUAAAGAUGUGGAGAUGGGAAACUCCGUGCUGGAGGAAAAGGAACGGAAGAAACCGUACAAACUCAUCCCCCAGGACUGUGAUCUGGACAAUGACAAGCGUAGGCAGAGUGAAUCUAAAGUGUAG